UCCGCUUCUCGCAGCGCGACAGAGGACCCUGGUGUGUGCGAGUGUAUGUUCAUUCCGGCGUUGUUGGCUGAGGUUGAAGAAGGGACGUCGUUUGUCUCUCCGGUGAAGUGUAGCCUCCUAUUUUGCGGCCUUCCGCGUCGCUCUGUAGUCGUCCAGUGUUGGUGAAACAGCUGCAGAGGUUGGGAGGAGACUCCUUGGAGCACCUGUCCAGAUGGACUAGCAUAGAAGCCUAAACCAACAGCAGAGGAGAUGAGGGCCCCUAAAUGUAUUCUCUUGUGAAUGGAGCAGGGUGAGCAGUGAGGAUGCGUUGCCUGGCGGCCCGGGUCCACUAUAAGACCCUGAUAGUGAUCUGUGCUCUGCUCACGCUAGUCACCGUGGUGCUGUGGAACAAGUGCACCAAUGAGAAGGCACUACGCUUCCUGCCCCGGGCCCCGCUACCCCCACCAAGCCCCAGAGUGGAUGGCCUUCAGCAGCAACCCCAGCCCCCUGAGCCCCCGCCUGUGGUUGGAGGGGUUCGAUAUGAAGAAAUCGACUGCCUGAUCAAUGAUGAUGUCACCAUCAAAGGGCGGCGGGAGGGCAGCGAGGUCUACCUGCCCUUCAGCUGGAUGGAGAAAUACUUUGACGUGUAUGGCAAAGUGGUGCAGUACGACGGCUACGACCGCUUUGAGUUCUCCCACAGCUACUCCAAAGUGUAUGCUCAGAGAGAACCCUACAGCCCCAGUGGAGUCUUCAUGUCCUUCGAAGGGUACAACGUGGAGGUGCGGGACAGAGUCAAGUGCAUCAGUGGAGUGGAAGGAGUGCCUCUGUCCACCCAGUGGGGCCCUCAGGGUUAUUUCUAUGCCAUUCAGAUAGCACAGUAUGGCCUGAGCCACUACAGUAAGAACCUGACGGAGCGGCCACCCCAUGUCGAGGUGUAUGACACGGCUGAGGAACGGGACAGCAGGCCCAGCAUAUGGAGCGUGCCCAGAGGCUGCUCAUUGACCGGGAGCUAUGACAAAACCCGCUUAUCGUCUGUCCGUCAAUUCAGCACCCCAGAGAACACAGAGGGCAUCUCUCUUCCUCUCAGCAACACAAAGGACUUCAUCAUCUCCUUCGACAUAAAAUUCACAUUCAAUGGAAGCGUGUCUGUUGUCUUGGAAACGACAGAGAAAGGGCCUCCGUUUGUGAUCCAUUACAUCACCUCCACUCAGCUCAUCGCCUUUAAAGACAGAGACAUCACCUAUGGUAUCGGCCCGCGGACAGUGUGGACAACAGUCACCCGUGACCUGCUCACCGACCUCCGCAAGGGCAUCGGCCUGUCCAACACCAAAGCGGUCAAAGCCACAAAGACCAUGCCGCGGCGUGUGGUCAAGCUUGUACUCCGAGGUCGAGGAGCUAUUGACAACAUCACCAUCUCCACCACUUCGCACAUGGCUGCUUUUUUUGCCGCCAGCGAUUGGUUGGUGCGCAACCAGGAUGAGCGGGGCGGGUGGCCCAUCAUGGUGACCCGCAAGUUAGGUGAGGGCUUCCGGCCCCUAGAGCCAGGCUGGUACUCAGCCAUGGCACAGGGUCAAGCCAUGUCCACUCUAGUUCGAGCCUACUUGCUAACUAAGGAUGAAACUUACUUAAAGUCAGCCCUAAAAGCCACGGGCCCUUACAAGCUGCCCUCAGAACAGCAUGGGGUAAAAGCAGUGUUUAUGAACAAGUACGAUUGGUAUGAGGAAUAUCCCACAACGCCUAGCUCUUUCGUCCUCAAUGGCUUCAUCUACUCACUUAUUGGCUUGUACGACCUGGCCCAGACGGUGGGUGACAGGGAUGGGCGAGAGGCAGCCCAGCUGUACAGCAAAGGCAUGGAGUCCCUCAAAGCCAUGGUGCCCCUGUACGACACAGGCUCGGGCACCAUCUACGACCUCCGCCACUUCAUGCUGGGCAUUGCGCCCAACCUGGCCCGCUGGGACUACCACACCACGCACAUCAACCAGUUGCAGCUGCUUGCUUCCAUAGACAACUCCCCCAUCUUCAGGGACUUUGUCAAGCGCUGGAAAAGCUACCUGAAAGGUGGCCGAGCCAAGCACAACUAGAGCCAGUGCAAUGGGCAAUGGUCAGAAAACAGAACCCCCAGGACUCAGCCAGAACAGUUUGGCUCCAUGUGGGAGAGCAGAGUUAGCUUGAGCAGUUGGCACUGAGGUUAAAGUCCGCAGCCAGAUAGCUAGAGCCUGCCACAGUUUCUAGCCACAGGCUAUGGAUGACCUCUUGGGUUUUGGGGGAUUUGAAACUGUAAUUGCAGUGCUUGUCAUUUCUGUGCUAGAGGUUCUAAUUAAGUACAAAUGUGACUGCUUGCAGGGUGGGUAUAUGUGUGUGUGUGUGUGUGUGUGUGUGUGUGUGUGUGUGUGUGUGUGUGUGUGUGUAUGUGAUGGAAUGGAGUGGGGUAUUCUUUAAUCUCCUGGUUUGAGAGAGAGAGAUGUGCCCAGUGAGAUUAGCUAUGUUUGGACACACUUCAGUCAGGAUUAAGGAUAACACAAUGACUCUCACAACUUUCUUCCAAUUUUUUCUCUUUCUUCUUGUGGGAGCAUGGUGGGAUAGGCAAAUAAACACUGUUAGAUAUUCAGACCUCCGCAAAAUGUAACAAUAUUUGUGCCAGAAAUGGACAAAAGUAAGAUACAAAUAACAUUAUUCACUACAUUUGAGGACUGAAAGCUCAUUUCCUAAAAAUGACUUUAAACCCUAUUUGGAUUGAUGACAUUAAGAAGAUACAGAUGCCAUUUACACAUCAUAAAUUUGAGCCAGCAUCUUUAAUAGAACAUGUUUUAAGAUGCUUUCAGUCUUUAGUCUUUGGUGGUUGAGCGGAAGGAAACCCUCCCAACUCCUUUCUAGCCAACAAUAUCCCAGUACCAUGCCAGAGUCUCCCAGGUCCUCACCUCAGUAACAAACCUCAGGCAUCACAAUUAAAUUGCAUCCUCCCAGCCCUGCUUGGACCAGGUCCAGCUGGACCUUCUGAGUGCACUGAGCUGUGAGAAACAGGUCUUUUUCAAAAGGUACAGUCUUGAAGUAUAAUAUCCACUGCUUGCUGUCUGAACUGCAUUUUAAAGGAAUGGAUUGAUAAGGACCAAAUUCACUUUUUUUUUUUUUUUUUUUUUUUUUUUUUUUUACUUAUCCCAGAUGUGAUUGAUCAGCCAAGACAUGUUUGGUGUCCCAGUUUGGCUUUGUUAGUUCAGCAGCCAGUGUUGUUAGUAAACACUUCGUCAGUAGUCACCCAAAUAUGUUGUGUAAAUAUAUGCCCAAAACUUCUUCUCAAAUCACUUCCAGGUCUUCACUGAGGUGAUGUAGACUUGUAGUUUAGAACAAAGUAUGACUUACUAUUAAAACAAACAAGACUUGGCCUUCAAGCUAACCGCAGCGGUCAGCUAUUUUAGACGAGAACUGUUGUGCUGAAUUGUCACCCCUUAACGUGAACAUCGUGCAGGCAUAUCGAUCCUAUAGAGUACAAUCACAAUUUCUGCUGUUUAUCUUGAAUUUUCUAACAGAAUAUAUGCUAGCAUCCAUGUUGCCAGAGAGAUGUGUGGGCGUGCAACCGGAGAGGGGUUCGUGGCACAGAGGGGGUGGAAUUUGGCGAACACCUUGUUGUCUGAAUAGGCAAACUCCAGCAUAUGCUAUAUGCAGUUUUUGUUCAGUUUCAUAAUUUAACCAAGUCAUACUGUGUCCUGAAUCACUUUGAUGGGAUCUGAGUAUGCAGGUUUUUGGAGGUUGAGAGAAGUUUUGGGGAUGUAUUUACAGAAAAGCUUUGGGUGACUGUUGACUUCGUGUUUGUUAGCAACAUUAGCCUCUUAACUAAUUUUAAGAAGCCAAAUUUGGACGCAAAGACAUUACAAAUAUGUCUUAGCCCUAGAUGUACUGGAUCAAAGUGGAAAAUUUUGUAAAUAAGAUUUUUUUUUUUUUGCCAAACCAUCAAUAUGCGUUUGUGCUGAGUUAUGGAUGGUCACCAAGAAGUGUGCUCUAAUGGUAAGAAUUUAAAAUGAUGCUGAAUUUUCCAAGUUUUCUCAUGCAGUAAUACUCAUGGAGGUCAUAAUUUGCUCAUUCAUGAGUCCUUCUCAUUUGAAUAUUGAAUUACAAAAGCACAGAACAACAAAAUCUGGGCUUUACUGAAGAACGUAUAGAGGAAUCAUUACCAAGGUUAAAUUCUUGUCCUUUAGGCCUUCUAGUACAGAAGAAUGUGAAAUACUAUGAAGAGAACUCCAUCUAUGAAAAGAAAUCCAAACAGUCUUUCUAGGAUUCUACCAAAGCCAAAUUUUCUGAACUGAUUGAGUCUUAAAUCCACAAGUUUGUUUAGGGUUGUAAACCUCAGUAGCAACAAUGUGAGUCCGUGAAUUUUACAUUGGUCCUCUAAAUCAGAAUAAGUUACUGCAGAGUCUGGGGCUGUAUGUAAAAAUCUUAGUAGCAUAACUGACCAUUUGCUGUCAUUCCCCAACACCAAGAACCAUAAACCUUAACCACAUACUAAGAGCAGCAGGCUACCAGAGGGAACUCGGGGGAGUCCUCAUAAAACACUGAGGACAACAGUCAGAAUGACACAAAGUGCUAGAGCAGCUGACUUAAGGAAUGAGAGCUAACUUCCUAUCAGUGACUUCAAACCUCAUUUGGAUUCUGUGUAAACUGGUCAUGCACUUUACUUGCAUAGCAUGUGUGUGGUGAGAAUGCUUUUACAAAUGCAGUUAUGAUAGUUUACUGGGGUUAUGGGAUGGUUUACUUAUUUCUUUCCUUUUUCUCUUUACACAGCCUUCUUGCAAUGACCAGACUUAAUUGGCCAUAUGUAAGGGAAUUUUAUUGAUUAAUGAUUGUGAUGUUGUAGCACGAGCCAUUUCCUUUUCUCGUCUGUAUGUUAAAUCAUCAGUUUACAUCAUAAACUGAGUUCAUGUUCUCAAGAGGGCAUUUUUUAAACACCUGUGAAACAGCUACUUGAACUGAAAUAUAUUGUUCGUACCGUACACUACAGACCACCCACAGAAAUACCCUGCAAGGGAUACAGGUAUUUCCCUUAUUUUAUGAGAAAUGUAAUUGUUUCCAGUAACCUGUCAAACAAUUACUAUUUAUUGCUUAACCACUAUCAACUAAGCUUAAAAACUGAAUUAAUGUCUUUGUGUUGGAAAGCUUGAUUUCUUCUCCUGUAUUUAAAAUUAGAUACAUUUUCAGCAUAUGGAAAUAAUAAUUCCAGCAUAUUACAUGGUUGAUUACCAGACAAUAAGUUUCCAUGGUUUCCCAUCUUUAAAUAAAAACAGAGAGCCUGUUUGUGCAAAAUCACACUUACAACAUUAGUCAGUGGUCAGUUGCUAAAUUUUAGAAAUAAACAUGUAUACAAAAUACACAUUUUGUGAUGGCUGAUAUCAGAAUCAUAUUUGUAUCAGCAGAUGUUUGUGGAAAAAAAUAGAAACUCAUCAGCAUUGGACUAUCUCCAAAAUGAUAACUUGACUUUUAAUGUAAAUCAAUGGAACCAAGUCAUUUUGGGCUGUUUCUUGAGGUCUAUUCUUCAUGAAAUUUACACAAAAUGUAAAGGGCAACAGGCAUUUUCAAAUUAUGUCAAACUGAAAACGUUGGAGGUUUCAGUUCAUUAUUGAUCGCUAUAAAUGCCUGAAAACCUUAGGUAAAAUAAAAGUAACCUAGCAGGGGAACACUUCAUAUUAAGUUCUGUCAUCUGAGGACCUGUAGCGUAAGUGUCAAUAAUUUUAAAUAUAAUCACUUGUUUCAAAGGUUUGUUCACAUAAUUCAGCAGCUUCCCACUGACCUCUGUUAUAAGUGUGGCUUAGGUCGAAUUUACAGGUCUUUUCUAAGAAUAGGGGCACACUACGGAAUUACCGGCCAAGGAAACAUAAUGUACACUACAGAUGUGGCAAAUGGACUUCAGUUUAAAAAACACUGAGGCAUUCUUUUAAACAGGUGUUGCAAACUGGUCUGAUAAAAGAUAAAUAACUCCAAUAUUCCUGAGUUAGCCCUGCCUAGCCUAGCCUACACUAGCUGAAAGUACAAUGUUUUCCAGAGUGUGUGCGUGUUUGUGUGUUUGAUCUCUUCAUCUUAUGGUCUUCAGAGGCGCAGGCCUCUUGACCUCAGUAGCAGGACCUUUACCCUGGUGAGCUCUGCCCGGUGCCAUGGUCUGCCAGCAUGCAGAGAUGCAGUAUUCUUUCACAACAUACUGCCCAGUGGCCGCUUUACUCAGCAGACACUAACACCUGCGUUUACUUUAACAAAGACACACUGACAAGCUGAGGAAGGAUUGUACAAGAAACACGGACAUUUCUCAGCAGACUUAGGAGUUCGUUGCUUGCUGUUGGCUGGGCGGUUCGGGUGUUGUCUAGAGCCUUUUUUUCCUAUAUGAAGGUUCUUUUUUCCUUCAGUUAUGUUUAGCAGAGUUCUAGCCUAACCAUUUAUCUCAUGAAUACUUCUAUGCACAUUUCAUACUCGUCACUUAACGGGACAACAUAAAAGAGAAGAAAAAAAGCAGUAUGUUCAUUUCAUAAAAGGGAAAGUAAUGAUAAAGUUACCAUGAGGGACUGUAUUGCUUGUUUUGUUCAUACCAAAGUCUUUAAAGUUUUAGUUUUGUUAGUUUUCCUUUUUGAAGUGAUGUGUGCUGAAAUCCACAGAGAAGCGUAGUUUUUUUUUUUUCUUUCUUUUUAAAUGGAGAGAUGCUAUGACAUAAAUAGGAAUGUGUGUACAAGGGCAAACUUGCCUUCAGUCACAGGGGAAAAUGCCUUGUAAUACUCUUUAGUUUUAUACGCUUAGAUUUCUAUAGAGUAAAGAGGGAAACAGAGGAGACUAUAGUAAUCACAGCUGUCUAUGGGGACGUGUGCAACUUUUUGGUUAGCGCUCAAUACUACAUAUUUCAAAGGGAAACAUAAAUAGAAGCUUAGGGCAGCGUAUCUGUCAUGGGAAGCUACAUUUCAUAUGAGACUCUAUGUUGUAUUGAAAGGGGUUUAUUGUUUGCAUUAGGGUAAGCUGUUUGUCAAACAGCAUUAAAGCACAACUGUAGUGUCCUCUGUUAAUUUAUUCUAAUCGUACUUUCUUUUGUUUUUUAAUUAUUUUCAUUUUCUCUGGACGACGUGCAACGCCUUCUUUUUGAGAGCUGCUACUGUGGUUCACUGUGUAAUUUUUUAUGUUUUGGGUUCUUUUGUGUUCUUGUGUGUGGUGUGUGUGUUUUUUUUUUUUUUUUGUUUUUUUUUCUUCAUCUCUUCCUUCUCCUCCUCCUCUGCACGGUCCUGGAAGCAGACACGUGCGGCGUCACACGUGUGACGUAUGCAAUAAACCGCUGAGCUGGACGGCCGAGACCGCUAGAGCCCCAACAGGCUGGACAGAGUUUGCAAUGCAAGCACAAUGUGCACAUGCCACCAUUUUUAUGCAGGAAAAAAGGUUUAUAUAAGAGUUCAAUCUUUGUGCUUUAAAUUGCUUUUUAAAGUUGAAAAAUAAAGGCAUUUUUCUUA